GUAAUCCUCAUAUCAGGUACUAUCGUCUGUACUCGAGUAUCUGUAGUUUGAACAGCAGAAAGUAUCAAGAACCUCCAAAUAAACAACAACCAGAGCAAACCCAUAUCUUUUCGUACCACAAGUCCCUCAACACUUACCAUGUCCUACCCCAAAAAGGUCACAGGCGGCUGUCUCUGUGGCGGAGUCCGCUUCGAAAUCAACUUCUCCCCCGAUCACAAUUGGAAAACAGGAGUAAGUAAUCCCUCAAACCACCCAUGGUGUAAACGACAACGAAGAAACAAAACAUCUCCUAACCCAACCCCCCAAAAAGCCACACACAUGCCAAUGCACCCAAUGCCGCAAAAACAGCGGCUCCCUAAUCUACACCUUCCACACAGCCCACGCCAAAGAACUAACCUGGCUCUCCCAAUCCACCUACCAAGAAUACAACUCCUCACCAGGCUGCUACCGCGCCUUCUGCAACAAUUGCGGUUCCUCACUCGGCUGGACGGACCAGAAGAAGGGUGCGAAUACGGAUUGGGAACUUGCGGUGGGGACUUUCGAUGAGGAGUUUUUGCUGGGGAAGAGGGAUGAGGAGGGGGUUUUGAGGGGGGGUUAUGGUGUUGCGUUGGCGAAUUUUGGGGGCCCGCAUUUUUGGGUGCAGAAUGAGAUUCCGGGGGUUACUGGUGGGAUUUGUAAGGGGGGGACGAGGUUUUGGGAGGGGAGUAAGGGACCUGUGAGUGGGGGUACCGAGUAG